ACGGCCUCUGGUGACAUUUUCUUGGGGCGGCGCGGACGCCUGAAGGGAAUUGGUGUUGGAGGCUGCGGAGGCGGCGAGCUUUACUCUGCCCCCUCCCCCCUGCCGGGCCUCCAGCCGCGCUCCUCUGCUCGCCGCUGGGAGUUGUCUGAGGAGGAAGGGGGCGGCGGGGCCGCCGGGGCCCGAGUCAGCAGCCCGUCAGCGUCGCCCGGGGUGGGCGCGUGCCCCGUCGGGGCGCGCGGGGCCCGCUAGGAGGCACGGACGGCCGGGCGCAGGCUGCUUUCCUGUUGCAUCUUUGAUAUCGUUUCCUAGUCUCUGCCCCAUGAUUUAAUUUGGAAUUCUGAAAUGAAGAUGGAGGAGACAGUGGGAAAAGUAGAAGACCUCAUUGAGUCUGCAGCCCCACCAAAAACCUCCGAACAAGAGACAGUCAAGGAGGAAGAUGGUUCUGUAGAACUGGAAUCUCAAGUUCCGAAGGAUGGUGUAGCUGACUCUACAGUUCUUUCUUCAAUGCCGUGUUUGUUGAUGGAACUAAGAAGGGACUCUUCAGAGUCUCAGUUAGCAUCCACAGAGAGUGACAAGCCCACAACUGGCCGAGUCUAUGAGAGUGACUCCUCUAAUCAUUGCAUGCUUUCCCCUUCCUCUAGUGGUCACUUGGCUGAUUCAGACACGUUGUCUUCUGUAGAAGAGAAUGAACCCUCUCAAGCAGAAACAACAGUAGAAGGAGAUACAUCAGGAGUGUCUGGUGCCACUGUUGGGCGCAAGUCUAGGCGAUCCCGUUCUGAAAGUGAAACAUCUACUAUGGCUGCCAAGAAAAACCGGCAAUCGAGUGAUAAGCAGAAUGGCCGAGUCACCAAGGUUAAAGGUCAUCGGAGCCAAAAGCACAAGGAAAGGAUCAGACUACUGAGGCAAAAACGGGAGGCUGCUGCAAGGAAGAAGUACAACCUGCUACAGGACAGUAGUACCAGUGAUAGUGACCUGACUUGUGACUCAAGCACGAGCUCGUCAGAUGACGAUGAAGAAGUUUCAGGGAGCAGCAAGACAAUCACUGCAGAGAUACCAGAUGGACCUCCAGUUGUAGCUCAUUAUGAUAUGUCUGACACCAGCUCUGACCCAGAAGUGGUAAAUGUGGACAAUUUAUUGGCGGCUGCAGUAGUUCAAGAGCACAGUAAUUCAGUAGGCGGCCAGAACACAGGAGCUACCUGGAGGACCAGCGAGCUUCUAGAGGCAGGUCAUUUGGAUCCAGGAUUCCUAGCAAGUGACAAAACAUCUGUUGGCAAUGCACCACUUAAUGAAGAAAUUAAUAUUGCCUCUUCAGAUAGCGAAGUGGAGAUUGUGGGCGUUCAGGAGCAUGCCAGGUGUGCUCACCCCCGAGGAGGUGUGAUACAAAGUGUCUCUUCCUGGAAGCAUGGCUCUGGCACGCAGUAUGGUGGCUCCCGGCAAACACAGUCAUGGACUGCUGUGACUCCCCAGCAGACGUGGGCUUCCCCAGCAGAAGUCGUUGACCUCACCUUGGAUGAGGAUAGCAGGCGUAAAUACCUACUGUAAUGCAAUGUCACUGUUUCUCCGCACUGUUUCCCUCCACCUCCUCUUUGUGACAUGGAAGUUCAUUGUCAUAGCUUCAGCUUCAGAAGCUGUUUGUGGCAUUUGUGGAACUGAAAUUCAUGGUAACCUCCCCCACUUUUUAUUAAAACAAUUCACUUAGGAAAAUAUCGUAACACAGAGAAAAUAAUUUUUUUUUCUCAGUAAGAACAUGAGAAUGGUGGAUUUUAUUAGAGAACUUCAUUUUGCUUAGUGACUUAUCUUAAAAGUCACUCUCCAUUUAGAAUAAUAUUUUACUUACUAGUAAAAAUGGAUUUCAGGUUUUGAAUCUUAUAUUUAUUUUUCUGUAUAAUGAAAUAUAUCUAGAUAUGACCACCCUCCGUCUGCCUCAUUGUCACUCCUACCCUAGGGCAUUUGCAUACAUAUCAGUCAGGGCCUUCUCGUUGGCACCUAGUAGGGCAUGUGCAUUUCGAAAACCCUUCCUGCAAAGUGGAAGACAGAAGUAUUAUAAAAUAUAUUUUUCUUUAGCUUACGUCUUCUGCCUUCUUUCCUGACAUAGCUCCUUGUCAAUUUGCCAUAACACAGGUAUUUGAAAUGCCCCCACCCUUUAUUUCCAGAUACUAUUAAGGGGACUCAGUUGGUCUCCUUGUCGCAAUAAUUAAUUCUUUAGAGUUUCUGGAUGUCUGAAGAGUGCAUUGAGAGAUCAGUGGGAAAUCUCUCUCUCUCUCUCUCAGCUUCCCCCCUUCCCCAGUUUAUUCAAAUAGGAAGGCAAACAGGGAAACCUGUUACUUGAGUAGGAAGAGCAUAAGAGGCUGUGUAGCAUCUAAGUCUGUAGGCACUUGCAAAUCUGAGAGGGAGGCACCUUUUCUUACAGCUUGUUGUUCCAUAGAGGGUGUGUAACAACUGUUUAACUGGACCUCACGCUGUGUUUGGGUAGUUUUCUUUGCCUUCUAAAAUACAUACACAAGAGAAAUGAAGAUAUACCAUAAGAAAUCAAAUGCAAAGCACAUUGAUAAGUACUCUAAGUCUUACAGUAUCUAAAAGGAUUAGUAAAGGGUAAUAGAAACUUCAGGGAAUUUAGGAAAUGCCAGCAGAGAAAUUUUGUGGCAUUAGUUACUACCUUUUUCCUAUAACGUUGUAGUUACUAGUGAAGAACUUUUAAAAAGCAAUACCUAGAAUUAGAACACUAUGUAUUGUGCCCAGGGGGAGUGAAGUAAUACUGGCUCAGAAGGUUUCACGUUUGGUUUUUGUUUGCUUUGUUACAUGUGGGGUUGCCAUGUCCUUUUGCUUCCCUCUUAUGCCUUGGUGGUUCUUCCUGAUCGUAGGAUGAGACCUGCCAUUUUCAUUCAGUGCACACACAUUGACCAAGGACCCAUUCUGCAUAAAGCAGUGUGCAGGGUGGACGCUGUGGAGGCCCUAAGAGGAAUGAGACACAGUUUGCACGCUCAUGCAUGAGUCAGCCUGACAUUUUCUCUUUUCUUAUGUAAAGACAAGUUUAUUCAUUAAUUUUCUUUCUUGUUACUUCAGUUCUUCUGUGGGUUCCUUCAGUAGCUUAUAUUUGAGCAUGUGGCUUUUUUUUCUUUUUUGGUCUUAUCUGGUGGUAGUCAUUUGAUCUGCCCUCUGCUCAUCAACUUUUCAGUUUUUUUCUUUAGUCUACUACUAAUUAGACUUUAAAAAUUAUGACUCUCCAGUUUCAGUCCGUCAGUUACUGCUCUCACCUGCCACAGUCCUAGACAGAAACCAAAGACCCAGAGGCCAGACCGAAAUAGAACUUUGAAAAUUCACUGCUGGUAUAUCUUUGGGCCUUCACCUCUUGCUUUAGGAUUAAUUUAUUGAGUUUUACUGUUACACAUUUUUUUACUUGAAUUAAAAUGUUCAACAAAGGAGAAAUAUAUAAUUUCUGGUCUUUGCUUUCCAGAAAAUCACUGAUAAGAGAAUAUAGUGGAGUGUAUGACUUGAAGUUUCCGCAGCUUUUCUCUCUCCCCCAGUAUCAGGGCACAGCCCCAUUUAAAGAAUGUUUUUGCAUGGCUUGUUUUCAUGUUACUAAUGUUUUGUUCAAGUCUUUACUACAGGCGAUUUCCCCUGACAGUUUCUUUAGUCCUUGUUAGCCAUCCCCUAACUUUGGGUGCACUGUGGGUUGGGGACAGAAUGGAGUGCUCCACGCUCUUUUCUGGCCUUUUGCCUUUGUCUUGGGUUGCACAGACAGAUCCUUACUCCUGAUACAGGUCCCUGACUACUUCUUGACUCCCUGCAUCAGAGUAGAGAUGUAGGCAUUAAUAUGCAAGGGGUGAGGGGAUGCUUGAGGCAGUCGGCUCUCUGUAAAACGCACGGGACUUUCCCAUCAAAUAACUAAUUAAGAGGGCGUUUGAACUCCUCUUCAGCUCUCUCUAUUGCUACAUCCAGGAGAGUGGAAAUAUGGUUUCUGGUGAGGUGUUAAUGAAAUUCUGUGACAUAAAUCUCAUAAUAUUUGAAAUUGUCUUUAAAAGUAUUAUUUUCUAAUUAAAGUUUUACGUUUGGUAACAUAAGUAGUUCUUUAUGCUUUGCCAAGAUAUUGUUUGGGUUACAGUGGGAUCACAGAUUGGUUUAUGCCACUAAUGUGGUUAAUUCCCUUCCCCUCCAAUUUGAAAAACCAGAGGAGCAGAAACCUGGCUAUUUGCCACUGUGACUGCUCUGUAAGGCAACUGCUGUUCUUUGUAGACCAGUGGUUCUCAACCUGUGGGUCACAACCCCUUUGAGGCAUGGACAGCACUUUCACAGGGGUCUCCUAAGACCAUCUGUAUAUCAGAUAUUUCCACUACAAUUCACAACAGUAGCAAAAUUACAGUUAUGAAGUAGCAAUGAAAGUAGUUUUAUGGUUGUGGAUUAGCAAUAGGAUAGUUGAGAACCACUCCUGUGGACUAACUGGAUGCUGUCAGUGGUGAGAGAGCGGCCGUUGCAUGUGCUUGUCAGCACGGUUACGCGCAUGGCCUGCCCGGUUUGCUAGUUUAGCUAUUUGUCCAUCCACUAUUAGAGAUUAACACCAUGACUAACUUAAGACAGAUUCAUUGCCUGCUUUUUUGUUUGUGUCCCAAGGCUUGCCAAAGCCUAGGGCAUGACUUUGUUUUAGUUUUGACAGUCACCCCCCUUUAAGGCAAAGUGCUGAGCCCCAAUUCCUGCUCUCCCAUAUGUGUGUGAUGUGACUUCCAUGUGUAUAUAAAACUGCUGCACCCUAACCAAACUCCCUCAGAUUGUGCACUGUUUGUUUAAAAUAAUCACGUAUUUUAGUCCAAUGCUGUUGUAUUUUUUCUUUUUAUUUAAAACACUACUUAUUCUCUAACAAAUUUCAAAGGGUAGUGAUCUUAAAAAAUCACUGGAAACUAGGAAAUGUUUUUGUUGUUGCUUUGUUCUUUAAAGAGUGCGAAGGUCAUUGAAUCCUUUGCUCUUCUUACCUUGAACAUGAAUUGUCAGCCAUUGUAUGGCUAGGAACCAGUGCACUUGGCGUUAACAGAUCUGCUGUUGCUGGGGACUGAGCGUGGACUUGACGCAGUGACGACAGAUCAUUGCGUAGAAGUAAUGUUUCCCAAAUGUGCAACUCGAGUUUGUAAAAUGAAUUUGGUUCUUUACAUCAUUAUUUAGUUUUUGUUUCCAUUUAGUAUUUAAUGGUCUUUGGAGAAAAAAAUAAACAGAGUGUUAUAUAUAUAUAUUUUUUGGUGCAAGAUAAGAUUUUGUUUUUUGAAAUAAGUCUGUAGCAUAAAGGUUAAACUAUUUUAAGACAAAAUAAAAAUAGAGUGUAUUUAAA